AUGAGCUCAGGAAGCAGUAGGAAUUUGGAAAACACACCCAAGAGAGUCCAUCGGGAUCCUCUUGUUCCCAAGUUAAACACAAGCAAGAAAAUGUCUACCUUAGCAAAUUCACCCAGCAGCCUGGAAGUGCCACCAGAGACUAAAAAAAGCUGUGGAGAUAAACAGACUGAAAUCCCAGCUGAAAGAAUAAAAAUGGCCAAGACGAUCAAGGAAAAGCAAAACAACGAUUUAGAGAAAGUGAGCUUUAAACGGAAGGCAGAAGGUGAAGAAAAGCCAGUGGCUAAGAAAGAGGCCAAGGGAACAGAAAUUGACAACCAGCUCCAUACCACACCUCUGCCUCAUAUCUCCUUAAAGACCAUAAUGGAUGUGGAAGCAAAGUUGGUCUACAUUGAUGAGGAGGAUGUGAGCUAUGAGUUUGUAAAGUCUUUCAUGUCCACCGAGGUUCAGCCAGCCUGCCGAGCUGCUGAAAUAGCAGACCCGCUGAGCGGACCUAAUUUCAGCUUCCUACCUCAGAUUGACAAAUGGCUUCAGGUGGCCCUCAAGGAUGCCAGCUCUUGCUAUAGACAAAAGAAGUACGCCAUGGCCGCGGGACAGUUCAGGACAGCGCUGGAGCUUUGCAGCAAAGGGGCUGCUCUAGGCAAACCCUUUGAAGCAUCUGCUGAAGAUAUAGCAAGCGUGGCAAGUUUCAUUGAGACAAAGCUUGUCACCUGCUAUCUACGAAUGAGGAAGCCCGACCUUGCCCUGAAUCACGCCCACAGGAGCAUUGUUUUAAACCCAGCCUAUUUCCGAAAUCAUCUUCGUCAAGCAACAGUAUUUAGAUGUCUGGAGAGAUAUUCAGAAGCUGCCCGGAGUGCCAUGGUGGCUGACUACAUGUUUUGGCUGGGUGGAGGAAGUGAGCGGUACGUAAGCAAGCUCAUCAAGCUGUAUUGGCAGGCCAUGAUUGAAGAAGCUAUCACCAGGGCUGAAUCCUUCUCAGUUAUGUAUACCCCAUUUGCAACAAAAAUAACAGCUGAUAAAAUAGAAAAAGUAAGAGAGGUUUUCACCAAAACUCACCCUGCCUAUGUGGAAUAUACCUACACAGAUCUCCAAGGGCUCCAUAUGCUGCCUCAGACCACUGACUGGUCAUCUUUUCCUCCUCAACAAUAUCUCUUGACUCUUGGGUUCAAAAACAAAGAUGAUGGAAAAUUUUUGGAAAAGAUGUCAAGUAGGAAGCUGCCAACAUUCACAGAACAUAAAACUCCUUUCUGUCUGCUGACCAGAGAAGACACAAUACGACACAUGGAGACAAUGGGAAAACGAAUCUUGCCAAUACUGGAUUUUAUCAGAAGCACCCAGUUAAAUGGGAGCUGCUGCGGGUGCCCCGGCGUGAUGGAGAAGCUGCAUUAUGCCAGCCUCCUGAGCCAGCUGCAGAGGGUAAAAGAGCAGUCCCAGGUGACGAACCAAGCCAUGGCGGAGCUAGCCACCAUUCCCUAUCUACAGGACAUCAGUCAACAGGAGGCAGACCUGCUGCAGUCACUAAUGGCGGACGCCAUGGAUACCCUUGAAGGAAAGAAGAGCGAUGAGGAGCGUGUCUGGAAUACAAUCCAAAAGGUUGGACGAAUUGAAGAUUUUCUCUACCAAUUAGAGGACAGUUUCUUAAAAACUAAAAAACUGAGAAAUGCUCGAAGACAAAAAACAAAACUGAAACGACUUCAAACCGCACAGCAAAACUAG